CAGCGCGCCCCUGAAAACUGUCGAGCAGCGCGCCCCUGGAAACUGUCGAGCAGCGUGCCCCUGGAAACUGUCGAGCCCCGCUCCCCUGGAAACUGUCGAGCAGCACUCCCCUGGAAACUGCAAGCAGCGGCGGGACUGGAAGGUCGCGAAGUGCUUCAUCUACUCGAGAACGUAUGGCUGUAUGGGGGGUCAAAUCCAUUCCAUACGAAAUUCCUUUUCCGAUCAUAUCACCGUUUAAGAAAGACGAAUCUUUGCUGAGGCUCCUGAGAGCCAAGUCCAUGCCAUCGCUGGUCUGGGAAGAACACUUAACUUCACAGAGCACAAGAGUCUUUUCACCGAUGUCAUUUCUCCUUGUCGGUGAUAAGUCCAUUAAAAGCCCUUCCCUGAAUCAAAGGUCGAAUUUCGACCUCAGUGAGGGAUCAGACUCCACAGGUGCAUCAUUGAUCACUCCUAUGAAUAGUUCCCAUGAAGAGUUCCCCGUAGAGCACCACAAGCUCACCCGUUCUUCCUCUGAUGGACACAUCUGGGCUACACGCAAGACAGAGUUCAGAGAUGUUAGAAACGAAUUUCCAGCUUGUGCUCUGUCUUCAAUCAAGAACUUGAAGGUAAAGUUUGACAGGAACCUAGAAGGGCACCCCGAAAAUACCACUGAAAGACCCAGGAGAACCGUUUCUCGGAAAUUACAACAUAGCUCAUCAGAUGAACAUGACUGUCCUGGCGGUGAUACUGGAUCGCAACAUUUUACAACCAGGAGACCUAGUCGACAUACGAAUUUGGAGAGGUGGGACACAGAUGCUGUGAAAGUUGCUCGAUUAGACCUUCAGAAACCUCGAAAGUCAAUCGGGGAACUUAAACAACGGUUUGAACUUUGUGUUUCCAACAAAGAUGACACACACCCCUCAACACAACUCGGUAUACACCAACCUUCCGAACACAAAGUCGGUCAACUCAUUGACAGGUUUACUAACCUCCACAAUUUUGAUUUUGAUGAUGAACUAGAGACUGGUCAGCUCCGAUCCAAAAAAGAUAAGACGGAGAGGCGUCUCUCCGACGUUUCAACUCUGGUUCGUAAGUUUGCUAAGUUAAAUAAGCUCAGACACUCCUCCUCAGAGUCUGAUGACGCUUCUGAAGGUCCACCUAAUGUUGCAAAGGAGGCUGCACCAAUUCCUACUGUUCCAGUCAUUUCAAUAUCAGGAAAAGUCCGCACGCUUAAAGCUGACGAAUUUUGCUUCUUCGAGACUAGCAGCACUUGCGAGCCUUUGGUCAGGAGUCAUUCUCUCAGGAUAAAGAAAACACAGUCAUCUCCAUCUGUAAAACGUCGAAGUGGAUCAAUGCGAGAAAAGAGAAGUGAUAAUACUUUGCUACCACCAGAAGAUAGCACCAAUACAGCCAAAGCUCUACCACGAAAUUGCCGACCACUUCGACCUGAUGAGCUUCGCUUUUUUGGCAUGGGGAAUAACAAUAUAUAUAGUGUAAGGGAAUUAAAUACAUCCAAAGAGGAAGUGAAAGAGAAGAGUCUGAAUUCAAGCAGGAUAUUUGUCUAGCUAGCCAGGGUAAUCACUGUCAAUACAAAGGGUUCCUGGCGGUGAUCAAAAACUCUCGACAAACUACUAUUCUGACUGAUUCAGAAAAAAACAUCCUGGGAGAUUGUGGCUCGUGUGAUUCUGAUGAAAUUCAACUCUUGGAUGAAAGAAUUGAGUUGGAUGAUAACUUUAAGAGUUCCGAAGAGAGCUGUGAAAAAAAAAAAACUUAAUGAAUACCGGAACCGAAGCACUAUUAGAACCAGUCCAGUGUGACAAAGUGGGUCAGGAAAAUAUCCUAGUCUCCGGUAGAGGUUCCGCAAUUAAUGAAUUAUUAUUAUAAUCAAGGGAGAAGCGCUAAACCCGGUGGAUUAUACAGCGCCUGGGGGGGGGGAUGAGGAAGGCAUUCCGGCUUAAUUCGGGGAACUGGAGCACAGAUUCAAUUCCCUAAAUCAAGAGCCCCUCACCAACAUCAAGGAACCUUCCUUGAGGGGAGAAUGGAUUUACAAGUUGGGCAGAAAAAGAAAAUGAGUGCCACAGAAGUCACAGAAAACGAUGCUUUUAUUUACAUGAGAGAGGAAACUAGACUAGAGUCGAGAAGUAUAGCAGCAAAUACACUGCAAGGCGCAAAGGGCAUAUUGGCAGAAGCUAAGCAGUCCAGAAAAGACAGUGAGCGUCACAGGGAGAUGUAUGAAGUUAGUAACAGAGGAAAUUACACAUUAAGAAAUGUUACAGAUUAGAGCAGAAACGUUAGUCAAAUGUUGUUGGAAGACUUCAAUGUGCAGAUACCACCACUGCCUCAUGUUGACAUAUGCAGUAGAAUUUACUGAAGAAUUAGGAAGUGCAGGACAGAGAAACACAAAUGAAGGUAGAAUCAGAACUAAUGCAAUUUCCAGAGAACAUCAGUCAAGAUGAAAACUAAAACAUUCAGCAGCUUCAGCAAGUGACGAUUAUUAAGUGAGGAACAACGCUGCACAAUGGAUCCAAGAAAAUGAGAAGAAUAUCACAAAUGAUGUACACCAGAGGUUACAUAAUAUACCAGCGACACCAUGGCUGAAGCCAGCUCCACAGCUAGGUGCCGUACAGGUACCAGAGGUUAUGCAAUAUACCAACCACACCAUGGCUGAAGCCAACUCCGAAGCUAGGUGCCGUACAGGGUACCAGAGGUUGCAUGAUAUACCAGCGACACCAUGGCUGAAGCCAACUCCACAGCUAGGUGCCGUACAGGGUACCAAAGGUUACAUAAUAUACCAGCGACACAUGGCUGAAGCCAGCUCCACAGCUAGGUGCCGUACAGGUACCAGAGGUUAUGCAAUAUACCAACCACACCAUGGCUGAAGCCAACUCUGCAGCUAGGUGCCGUACAAGGUACCAGAGGUUGCAUGAUAUACCAGCGACACCAUGGCUGAAGCCAACUCCACAGCUAGGUGCCGUACAGGGUACCAGAGGUUACAUAAUAUACCAGCGACACCAUGGCUGAAGCCAGCUCCUAAGCUGGAGUCGUUCAGGGUACCAUAGGUACUCAAGAGUAAUGAAUUAAGACACCAGUGCAACACUUGGGGGGUAUCUUCUACUAUAUUGUACUGAGGAAGCCACUGGUUGGUUAUAAGUUUCUUGAAAGUCAUCAAUUUGUGUACUCUGGACUACUUAUGGACACAAGCAUAUCAGAAUACCAGCAUCUUUUAACAAGAAAUAGCCAAAAACAGUAUGAGAUCCAAGGAUCUAAUGGCUAUGCUCGAGUCUGUAAAUGGUGAUCCAGUGUAUGAAAUGAAAAUAAUUAGGGACAUUAAAAAAUAAACUUAAACCACAAUCCCA